CCCUUCCGCACGUUUUGCGUGAAAAGAUCUGCCAUGACUGCCGCCGCAGAUGAACCGACGACGUCCGCCGUGUACGUCCCAGGUCUUCCGACGGAAGUGAUUACCCACCCUCUCGUGCUCUUGUCCAUCGUGGAUCACUACAACCGCGUGGCCAAGGACACGUCGAAACGCGUCGUCGGCGUCUUGCUCGGCAGCGUGUCCAAAGGCAAAUGCGAUGUCACCAAUUCGUUUGCGGUGCCGUACGAUGAGGAUUUGCGCCAUCCUACGAUCUGGUACCUUGACCACGACUACCUCGAGAACAUGUACGGCAUGUUCAAAAAGAUCAGUGCGAACGAGCGCAUUGUCGGGUUUUAUUCGACCGGGCCAAAGAUCCGCACGUCCGACUUGAGCUUGGACGAGUUGUUCCGUCGGUACUGCGCGAACCCCGUGCUUGUCAUUUGCGACGUCCGUCCCAACGUGGAGGGUCUCCCGACCACCGCGUAUGGCUCGAUCGAAGAGGUCGAAGAAGACGGGAAAGCCUUCAAACGGACGUUUAAGCACAUCAAGUCGUCGAUUGCCGCUUAUGAAGCGGAAGAAGUCGGGGUGGAGCAUUUGCUGCGCGACAUCAACGACCCGUCUGUAAGUUCGUUGGCGGGACAGGUCAAGCACAAAAUGACGGCACUCAACGGUUUGCAAGAUCGCGUCGAUGAAAUGCGACAGUACCUCCAGAACGUCCAGGAAGGCAAAAUGCCGGUCAACCAUCAGAUCGUGUACAACAUCCAGACGAUCUUCAACCUCCUCCCCAACUUGAACGUCGAGGAGCUUGUCCGCGCCAUGUUCGUCAAAACCAACGACAUGUACUUGGUGAUUUACUUGUCGUCGUUGAUCCGGUGCACGAUUGCCCUGCACAAUUUGGUGAACAACAAGAUCAAGUACAAGGAAUCCGAAGACACCAAGGACGAGACGCCGCCGGCCGUGGCGGCGCCGUCGAAGAAGGACGCUGCGGAUGCCAAGGCCAAACAACCCUAAGAUGACAUGUUGACAGACUGGAUUAAACACGAUAUGGCUACUGCAUUGAGUCGCUUGUACUGAACGAGCUGUAUGCACUACUCCUGCUCGUCCAUAAGGUGUCGUUUGUAGUGCCAGAAAUGAAGACGUCACGUCCAGAGGUGUAUCCGCUCACAUAGAUGUCCUCGUCGACGGGAGGAGGAGGUAGCGUUUGUCGUCUGCUGGGAAACGCAUUCUGGUGAUGUGUGU